GUGCCCGCAUCACGCGCGCAGUACUUCCAGUUGUUUUAAACCGCAGACGCUAAAGGAUAGACCGGUUAUGCCGUUAAUCAUAGCCAAGUGCCUUGCAGCAUCAGGUGACAGGGACGUUAAUGUUACAUGUAGCUGGUAAGUGAAAGAGGACAGCGUGAGCUCAGUGGAAGAGAGGGCGGCCCAUGCAUACGUUCACCUUCGCCACCACUCUGGACAUCAAAGCGACACUGUCGUAACUGUUAGUAUUAGUUCACCCGAGGAAUGUGCUGACAUCGUAUCAGUUGCUGACCGACUUAGCUGUGACCAUUAGCUGCCCAGAUGUAGGGCCGUAUUUAUCUCGUGGCGCGAACUGUUUGUGUGCUUUAUUGUGGUCCCCUAUAGUGCACCUUGUGAUACACAGCAUAUGAGCUGGCAGCAACGCCGUGCAUUUCUGCUUAAUAUUUGUGAUAUAAAGUCAUGGCAGCGUUGUUUAGGCGACUAUUUAACAGGGUGAACGACUCAGAUGGAGAACAGAACGGCACACCAGUUGAUUCAAUGUCAGAUUCCGUUGGCGGGGCGUCCCCAGAGAAGAAAAGGAAGUCGACUAAGAAAAGUAAAGACCUGUCGAAAAAGAAAGCGGCAAAACAAGCGAAGACAUCUCAAUUAGGUCAUAAUGAGGAUGACGCACAAGGGAGGUCAAUCAAAAGCGGGGAGGAUGGCCAUUCUCAUGCACAUGAAGGAGAGAUGGCGGACACCUCGGGAAGUAAUGGCAGUCCUCCCAAGAGGAGUAGGUCUAAAAAAAUGGCUCCAGGGGGGUGGUUCAAAAAGAUAGCAGAGACAUUUCAUAAUGUGGACUUUGAGAACUGCGAGCCAGAGAUCUGCGUGAGCCUCUUGCGGAUCCCGUCAAUGCAAACUUACUCUGCCUUGAAGAAAAAAUUAAAAAAUGCCACGCUGGAUUGGGUGCAGGGGUUCCUGGAUAACGACGGCCUGGAGGUGCUUCUGGACUGCGUUGAUUCUAUUGGCAACCGGAGAGUGACCCAGCUGGCGGACGCCCUCAUGUUACUGGAGUGUGUGGCAUGCAUCAAGGCUGUUAUGAACUCCAAGCGUGGACUGGAUUACAUUGUUAAACACAAGGAACACACGCGGAAGCUCGUGAAAGCAUUGGACACCAAUAAUGUGAUGGUGAAGAAGCAACUCUUUGAGCUUUUCAGCGCGUUAUUCGUCUACUCAAAGGAAGGCUACGGCGUUGCCAUGGACGCGCUCGAGUUUUACAGGGCAGCCAAGAAGCAACGGUAUCGUUUCAGCGUGAUCAUCUACGAGAUGAAGAGGGCGGAGAUCGUCCCGUAUAAGGCCACUCUCCUCGCCUUGGUCAACUGUAUCCUCGUGGCCACAGAAGACCUGGAGGAAAGAGUCAGAGUUAGAAAUGAAUUCAUAGGCUUAGACUUGCUGGACAUUAUCCACGAUUACGAGAACGAAGAUGUGGAAGAUCUACAGGUGCAGGUGGACGUUUUCAAUGAUGAAAAGCAAGCAGACGACGAGAUCAUGUCUGAAGAACAUCCUGAAAUGGACCUUGAUAACCCACGCGAGGUGUUUGACGCUGUCUUUCAAAGGGUGUGCAAUAAACCCCAGGCUCAAGUCUUACUAUCCAUCCUUCAGAAUUUCUUACAAAUUGAUGAUGAAAACCAAGACAGUGAUAUGGUUUGGCUUACUCUACAGCGCGUAGUACAGCGCGCCGUUUUAAAUGACAGGCCAGAGUCAGCAGACAAAAUACUCGACCACAUUCUGGAAGAACAGAAGCUCCAAAGGAGUGGCAGUUUGGUGAGGAGCCCAACUGAGGACCACGCGGUGCAAACCGAUCUCUAUCUUCCUGUGAUAGCCAAUGGUGCUGUGACUACAACAGAGGACCGUAAGACUUUCCAGGAGCUUGUGGAUAAAGUUGAAACUAUAUCUGUGAAUGCCAGUCCAACGACCGUCAAUAUGCCAGGGGCGGUGAACGUGUUUCCAGGAUGUAAAGUGGGUGGAACGGAGACCGCCGGUAUGGCACCUACUUCGCCCAAACCAGCGGCAGGACAGACUCUCAGUCCCCCACCACCUCCUCCGCCGCCGCCGCCUGGCAUAGGUGCUAGUGCAAUACCACCUCCUCCACCCCCUCCCCCUCCCCCUCCUGGUUCUGCCAUUCCACCCCCACCCCCGCCACCUCCUCCUCCACCUGUCCUCCUCCUGGUUCUGGUAUUCCACCACCUCCACCACCCCCUGGUUCUGGUAUUCCGCCACCUCCACCACCCCCUGGUGGCGGUGGCCCGCCCCCACCCCCCGCCUCUUCCAGGUGGCCAGUUGAUAGUACCGCAGCGUGCCAACACAUACGCAGCAGCCCCUUCCCCGAGUAUGGCGCCGUUGCCCGCGCCAAAGAUGUCCAUGAGGGCUUUCAACUGGACCAAGGUGCCAAACACUACGAUAUCGAGGCAAGUCAGCGUGUGGAACGAGGUGAUAUACUUAAAAGAACCAGUCAAACUGAACUUCGAUAAAAUAGAGGAAUUGUUCUCCCAAAAGAAGAUCGAGAAGAGCAAACCAAAAGAGGAAGUCAAGCCAAAACAACCGAAAGAGAUUUUACUGUUGGAUGGAAAACGGAGCAUGAAUAUCAACAUUUUCCUGAAGCAAUUCCGUGCACCAAACGAGGAAGUUAUCAAGAUGAUCCAGAGUCUGGACGGCAGUAAAAUUGGGGCAGAGAAGCUCCGGGGUCUUAUCAACAUCCUGCCACAGCAAGACGAGAUUGAAAUGUUGAAGGCAUUCGCCGGUGAUAGGGCGUUGCUAGGUAACGCGGAGAAGUACUACGACCUCCUGGUUGCUGUCCCUGGCUACAAGAUCAGUUUGGAGGGGAUGCUGCUAAUGGAGGAGUUCGCCGGGAGCAGGGACGACCUGGCUAGAGACAUAAAGAACAUGAUAUCGGCGAUCACUUCUCUGCUUGAAAGUUCUAGUCUGAAAGCGUUCCUGAGGGUAGUGCUCGAGGCCGGGAAUUUUAUGAAUACUGGUAAACAUGCUGGGAAUGCUAUAGGCUUUAAGAUCAACUCCCUCAAUAAGUUGACGGAUACUAGAGCCAACAAGCCGAGGAUGACUCUCCUCCACUACUUGGUCCAGGAGGGAGAGAAGGAGGAGGGAGUGAUCAACUUUGCUGAAGAUCUGGUCGCAACUUUGAAAAUUGCCAGCAGACUCUCUGUGGACAACAUGACGUCGGAAGUUAACCAGCUGGCUAGCAGUGUCAACAAGCUGGGAACACAGCUCCAAAAUGCACCGGAGAACAUCAAAAACAACUUCGAAAAAUUUGUACAGACAGCGACUGCGGACGUCACCGAGUUGAAGGCCUCGCUUGAAGAAAUAAAAGAGCUUACACUGAAACUGGGCAAACAUUUCUGCGAAAACGAAAGCACGUUCAAGCUGGAAGAAUGCUUGGGAAACUUUAAAACAUUUUGUGAGCGAGUAAUCGAAUGCCGCAAGGAAAAUGAACAGAGAGCACUGCAGGAAAUUAAAGCUGAAAAAAGACGCAAAGAGAGAGAGGCAAUGGAGGCAAAGCGAAAAGAAGCUGGAGGAAAAGUCGUGGUUCCUCAGGAAGAGGAGACGUGUAUAGUGGACAAACUCCUCAUGGACAUACGUCGUGGUUUCACCCUUCGAAAGAGCAACAGCGUGACCGCGGCGGAUUCUGGAGCUCCAAGCAGCCCGAGGUCUAGACGCAUUAGCAGGAUGAAGCAGCAAAACUCCAAGAACGCAGCAAAGUUAAAGAAGGAAAAUGCCAUUGAAGAGUCGCAGUCGGAAAGUCAGUCUGAGGAGAAAAAUAAAAGCCCUAAAGCGGAUGGUGAUGACAAGGUGGAACACAAGGACGCAACGCCAGAAAAGGCAAAGCAGGUGUCUGUUGAUGUUGAAGAGGCGCCAACAAAUAACGUGGAGGCAACAGCAAAUGUGUCAUCUCCUCCUAAAAGCGAAAGUGAAAGUACGAGUAAUGUGGAAACAACAGCAGAUGUGUCAUCUCCUUCUAAUAACGAAAGUGAAAGUACAAAUAAUGUGAAAACGACAGCAAAUAUGUCAUCUCUUCCUAAUAACGAAAGUGAAAGUACGAUAUCUGCUGCCGCUGUUGACAAUUCUAACCAUACUGCCAGCAAUACCCUAGAACAACACAUCAAAAGUGCCCCCGAAUCUGCAGAUAAUAUUGAAUCUGAAUCUCAAAAUAGCGAACAUGAAAAAAAGGGUAGCGCACACGUAAAAAGUGAAAAUGGUUCUGCAUUACCGGCCAGUUCCGAUAUUGCCAACUCUUUGCCCGCGGAGUUAGAAGGACCGCCUCAUAAAUCUACAGAUACAAAAACCGAAAAUGAACAGGUUAAAGUUGAUAAUGGUAAACCAACGCCCUCUCAGUCGUCUUCACACGAUUCCAGUUCUUCAUCUGACUCUAGUUCAUCUGCUUCAGAGUCAGACACGGACGAGAAAGGAAAGAAGAAAGAGACAUUGACAGAAAAAAGCAAGCAAACUAAUGCAAAUGCGUUACACACUGCCACUUCAAAAAAUAAUGAACACGAAGAAAAAUUGAUGAAAGAAAACAACCAAGAGCAGCCAUGUGUUGAAAUAAAUGGAGACGUCAGUGGUAGUAAAUGUUAAAUUUCCACGAAAUAAACGUUCACCAUGAUCGACUGGCAAUAUUUCGAGCUUUUCUUUUUGCCUUUUUCUUUCUUAUUUAAGCGGACAACUCAGAGUACAGCACGCAAAGCUGCAGACCCUCCGCUAUAAAGAGGAAGGUUUCUUUGUAAGGAAACAGACAGCCACGUCGUCCAGCUCGAUAUCAUCAACGUCAUUUGCUGAAGAUCAUAACAUUUCAGCAGCUGGGAAUCAUUUUCAAAUUACCUUAUACUCACUAACGCUCAGUUCAUUACCUUUUUGUAUUUUGCAUUUUAUAGCCUUCAUUGCAGAAAUAUUAAAGACGCUAUUUACUAAUAAUCUUUUGAUUUUAUUUUAAGGUGCAAUGUUACGGAAUAUUAAUGGGUAAUUUCUGAGAAUUUCACAGUUUAGGUCCGGUGCAUUUUUUAGCCUCUCGAUAUAAGGGAGUGCAAUGUAUAUUUUUUUUAAACGCCAAUGAGCUGUACUAAGCUAUGCUUGAACAGUAAACAUCAAUAAUUUAUAAGUUGGUUUUACACGAUGUUUUGUCUCAUACUUGUACGUGUAUGCUAUGGCUUUGGUAAUUGUAGCAGCCUAUGUAUACGAACUGUUCUAUCUAGCCUUGCAAAAUCAGAUCCGAACGUUUUCAGGGUGCAUUUUAUUUUGCUAAAAUAUGUUUUUUCAAUACACAUUUACACGACAUGAGGCAUACGUUUUUAGUAUUUAAAGAAUUGCUUGUGACAGUUACUAAAAUAUGGGUAUUAUUGGAAAAUAAAUGAUAUACAAACAUUA